GGCAUGUUUACGUAUUACGUUUACAUCUGCCAUAAACAAGGAGGUCCUGUCGCCAACUGUCGUAAAGCGGUGGUUCGUGUCAAUUUACGGUGUUUCCUCAGGGUUUGUUCGAUGCUAGCUUUCGGCUUUGGUGUCUUCAUCAGUGACAUCAUGGCCUCGGCUCCAGCACAACAACCCACCCUGACUGUUGAACAGACCAGAGUGGUGUUGAGUGAGGUGAUCCAGGCCUUUUCUGUACCGGAGAACGCCGCGCGAAUGGAGGAGGCUCGGGAGAGUGCCUGUAAUGACAUGGGAAAGAUGCUGCAGCUGGUGCUUCCCGUGGCCACCCAGAUUCAACAGGAAGUGAUCAAAGCGUAUGGAUUCAACAAUGAGGGAGAAGGCGUCCUGAAAUUUGCCCGACUGGUGAAGAUGUAUGAAACCCAGGACCCUGAAAUUGCCGCCAUGUCCGCAAAACUGAAGUCUCUCCUCCUGCCGCCACUGUCAACGCCACCUAUAGGAGGCGCCAUUCCAGCUUCAUAGAAUCUAUUCUUGAAGAGGUCAAAUGCAAGAAUGCUUUCCUUUCAUUACUUCACAUCGCUGUAUCUCAUAUUUAAAGGUCCUGUUUUUGUUGUGAAGUUUUAAUUUUAUACCACUAAUUUUUUUUAAAUAUUUGGUUUCAUCCAAAGCAUUCUUGCAAAUCGAAUUAUUUGCCUUUUAUUUAUUUGUUACAUUCAAAACUACAACCACUUUAUUCCACUGAAACAUUUACUUUAUUGCCAUCUUUUUAAUGUAAUUUUAUAAACUGUACGAUGUUUUUGUUAUAUUGUAAAAUUAAAUGUUUUCUCUGUA